AUGGCAACUCCUAUUGUUCGAGAAGGUGAAGGAUCUUCUUCGCUACCUAAGAAGAAACAAAAGAAAGCUGCUCAAACAUUGUUAAUAAAUGAACCUGAAGAAGAUAAUCCUGUGGUUGCUGUUGAGAAAGAACAAGUUGUAACUGCUGAAGACGAUCCAUUUAAUGUUGAUCAAUUGCUUGAUACAUAUGUCUUGGAAACAGGGCUAGAAAGUGUUGCUGAUGUUAAUAAAGUGGUAAAUGUUGAAAGUCAGAAAGAGGAAGAGAAGAUUGUUGAAGAUGUUGAGGGAGAUGAUGAGGAAACAGAAAAAGAAAAGUUGUUAAGAAAAAGAAAGAGACAAGAAAAAGACGAUGAUGAUUUGUAUGUUCCAUCUCCAGAGCAUAUCUCCGAGUCACAAUCUCCUCCUGGUGGGAGAAAGAAAGCUGGAGCUCGUAAGAAAGUUGUUUCUCCAAAGUUACGCAAAGUCUCUCCAAAGAUCAAGAUUCCAAAGAUUGUGUUAAAGAAGAAACAAACAAAAGAAAGCAAGAAGCCACCCACACCACCACAUGAACCAACACCACCACAAUCACCAAUCCAAUCACCACCCCGACAACCUACUCCACCACAACAAUCCUCACCACCUAAACAACCAACUCCACCAAGAUAA